GAGCGGCAGUCAGACUGGGAGGCAGGCAGGCAGGGGCUUCUCUUGCUGUCCUUCGGCUGCAUUCCCUGGCCAGGGAGCCCAGCCGGCAGGUGGGUGGGGGGAAUGGUGCAGCUUUCCACGGGCCAGUGGCAAGCCCUGAGGAGGCCUCGGACAUGAGUCGCUUCCAUGAGCUGUGUCGGGUGUGCUCCGAGCAGCGUUAUCAGCAGAUCACGAUUCCCCGUGGAAAGAACGGAUUUGGCUUCACCAUCUGCUGCGACUCCCCUGUCCGAGUGCAAGCGGUGGAUUCCGGGGGCCCAGCGGAGAAGGCCGGCUUGCAGCAGCUGGACACCCUCCUUCGGCUGAACGAGCAGCCCGUGGAGCGCUGGAAAUGCGUGGACUUGGCACACGAGAUCCGAAACUGCCCGCAAGAGAUUAUACUGCUGGUCUGGCGCAUCGUUCCGCACGUAAAGCCCGGCCUGGAAGGGGGCCUCCGGCGUUCCUCCUGCAAGUCCACCUUUGACCUGCAGCUGCCGCCCAAAAAAAGGGAGAAGAACGGGGUGGGCCGGGCGUCGCGGCCGCCAGAACAGCGCCAGAGCUGCCACGUGGUGUACGACGGCCACGAUGGGCUGGUGCUGAACAACUGGGAGCGCUACACGGAGCUGGGGAAGGCCCCCCGGCAGCGCCAGCAGCAGACCUUGCCCCCGCUCCUCUCGCGUCCCCCCUCGGGGGCCGACCGAGACAAGAACUACAUCAUUCUGGCGCCGCUCAAUCCUGGAAGCCAGCUGCUGAGGCCGGUCUACCAAGACAGCAAAGGCCCCGGAGACUCCCAGGGCAAGAAGUCUCGACUCAUGAAGACGGUGCAGACCAUCAAAAGCCAGGGAGGUGGCGGAGGCGUCAGCAGCAACAGCGCCCAGAACAGCACCCUGGGGAGGCCCCCUUUCCCCACUUCCAGCUACGGCACCUACGUGACCCUGGCCCCCAAGGUGCUGGUCUUCCCCAUCUUCGUGCAACCUCUCGACCUUUGCAACCCAGCCCGGACCUUGCUUCUGUCGGAGGAGUUGCUUUUCCAUGAGAUCCGGAAUAAACCUACCAAGGUGACCCUCUUCGUCUACUCAGACCUGCUGCUCUUCACCAAGGAAGAUGAGCCGGGGCGCUGCAACGUCCUUCGCAACCCCCUGUACCUCAAGGACGUCCAGCUGCAGGAGGCUUCCUCUGAGGACCUGAAAUUCUGCAUCCUCUACCUGGCUGAGAAGCUGGAGUGCGUGCUCAGCCUGGAAGCUCUCUCCCUGGAGCAGAAGAAGCGCGUCUGCUGGUGCUUGAUCCAGAACAUCUCCAAGCAGCGGCCGGCCACCACGCCCACGGCCCCUCCGGCCGAGACGAAGCAUCCUCGAAGGCGGUUGCUCUUGGCCAAGGAGGGAGAGAGAGAGAUGUUCAGCGCGCGGAGAGAAGUGAGGGGGCAUCUUUCCUCGGUCUCGACUGCAUCCCCACUUUGGGGCUUGAGGCCAAGCCAGCCCCGACUGGCCCCGGGUCUCUGCCCAGUCUUUUGGGGAAGGAAUUGGAGGAGCCGAUGGGGUGUCAUUCCCCCCCCCGGCUCCCUCCCUAGAGGCUGCAGGCCGGCUGUGAAGACAGAGGUGGGUGUCUCUCCUCCGCAUCCUUGGCUUCGCUGCUCUUCUUGCCCCCCCCCCAGGGAAGGCUUUGGGGGCUCCGGGGCGUGUGCAGACUUUUGGCAGCUCAGAGGAGGCGAGGAGCCGCAGCCGGGAGAGCGGAGGUCCCCGUGGGGCGGGGAGGAGAGGACACUUUGGCCCAGAGGACACUUUGCCACCUCCCUUGUGUUGUGUCUGCAUAUGCUUGAGUCAGAGGCUGCCCAACCUGGGGUCGCCCCCCCUGCAAGGGAGGACGUUCCCAGCCCUCCGUUUGCCUUCCCCGUGACCGAUGAGGACGCUGCUACAGGAGAGACGAUGGUGGGGGUCCAGCACGCCCUUGUUGAAGAAGAGGAGAGGGGCCCGGGCCCUCGGGAGGAGGAGGAGGCCCAGGAGCCCGGGAAGAGCCCGGUGGCCUUCACGAUCCCCACCUUGCGGCUGGAGAGCCCCUUCGGCCAGGGCGCCGGGGCAACGGCCAGCACGGCCAGCUUUCACCCGGAGCGUCCCGCAAACCUGUUUGGGGAAGAGGGGGACGAGGAGGAGGAGGAGGACGAUGACGACAGCGAAGAGGAGGAAGAAGAACAACAGGAGGAGGAAGACUAUGAAGAUAGCGACGGGGCCGCCUACCUGAAUCUGGGAAAGGGGAAGCGCUGCAGCAUGUUUGAAGCCUCCUCGGCCGCCCACCAGCCCUCCUGCCGCCUGAGCGUGCAGCACUCCCUGCGUCGCCGGACCCACAGCGAAGGCAGCCUCCUGCGGGAGUCCCGGGCCCCCCAAUCUUUCACCUCCGACACCAGCCUGGACUGUGCCGAAGGGGGCCCGGCCCCUCCUGGCCCCCCCAGCUGGACCCUGCCUUCCCCCAAGACCCUCAAAAAGCAGCUCGCCAAGAACGGGGGCUCCAUCCACCACCUCACUCUCCUCUUUGUCGGGAACCACCGGAAGCAGCAACGGCACGCGCUGGAUCCGGACUGCCCCUGCGACCAAGGAGCCCGGGCUGCCCGCGAGAAGAGGAACAGGAACCUGGCCAAGGAGGUGAAGAACCGGCUGGGCCUCUUCCGGCGACGCCAAGGGUCCCCCGGGGGCCACCCCUCNGCCGGCUGCCUCUUUCUGCCCCCCCUUGCAGACCCGGGUCCCGAACCCUCAAAGGCUGGCACCUUCCAGGCUUCGAGAUCAACGAAUUCUUCAACCCCCCCCCCAAUCUAAUUCCCUUUCCUGCUUAGGCCAACCGCCGAAGAAGCCCUGGAGUGGAGGGAGUCCCUGGAAAAGCUGCUCCAACACAAAUAUGGCCUGGCUGCCUUCCGAGCCUUCCUGCGCACCGAGUUCAGUGAGGAAAACCUGGAGUUCUGGCUGGCUUGCGAGGACUACAGGAAGAUCAAGUCCCAGGCCAAGAUGGCUUCCAAAGCGAAAAAGAUCUUCAUGGAAUAUAUCGCGAUCCAGUCCUGCAAAGAAGUCAACCUAGAUUCCUGCACCCGAGAACAUACCAAAGAGAACAUGCAGGACGUCACUCCGGGCUGCUUUGAUCUGGCCCAGAGACGGAUCUACGGCUUGAUGGAGAAGGACCCGUACCCCCGCUUCCUGCGUUCGGAGCUGUACCUGGACCUCAUUAAUCAGAAGAAACCGAGCCCUUCGCUGUAGAUGGGGCUGGGCGGAGGGACAUUUACAUACAGUCAACUUCCUUUUUGACAGAGGAGCUGCUUGGCGACAGAAGUCCAUGCCUCCCGCUCCCCGCCCCCAGGAGGGCCCGGAGGAACGACACCGUCCGGCUACCCUUCUGUCCCAGGAACUGGCUUUCUGUUCUGGUACGAGGACCUCUUAGCAACCAAGCAGCUUAAGGGUCAAAGAU